AUGCACACGGAAGCUUCUCUCAAGCGCAAGACCAGCUACCCCGACGUCAACGCGCCCGAUAGUGGCGAAAGCAACACGCCCGAUAGUGGCGGCGUGACCAAGCGGCCCCGUGCACAUGCGCGCGUCGUGUGCCUCAAGCGCUCCAGCGGGCGUCUGAUCCAGGGAUGCGACGUCUACAUCGGCCGCGAGUGCAGGCGAGGCGGGUGGGACCUGGCAGCGAGCAAGUGGGCCAACCCUGAGUUUCUACCACGCGACGCGACAGAUGAGCAGCGUGCGGCCAACCUCGCGCGAUACCGCCAACACGUGCUGCGCAGCGAGCGCCUCUACCACAGCCUGCCCGAGCUGGAGGGCAAGGUGAUGGGCUGCUGGUGCAAGCCCGCGGGAUGCCACGGCGAUGUGUUGCUUGAUCUGUUGCGCGCCUAUAAGCCGCGUCCGCCGCUGUUUCACAUGGUCGAGGAAAGUACGACUCGCGCGCGCUUCCGCCUGAGCGUGAUCUACAAAAAUGUGGGCGAAGCCCAGCCGGUCGGACAAGGCGCCGGCGACGAGGACGUCAUCGAGCACGAAGACCUCGAAAUCCACAUACAGACGGCAAUCCUUGGCACCGACGGACUUCUAGGACCAUUGAAGCCGACGUUCCAGUGGUGGAUGGAUGGCAAUCGCACCGUCGACGUCGAGUGCAACCUACCGACGCCGCCCCCAGAUAUCGCGCGCUCAUUCGGUGGCAAGGAUAAGCUGACAAAGCUGCUCGGCCUGAUCGAGUCCAUGUCCUACGGCAGGGGUGCCUACAUGGUGGAUGUGCGGCGCGGCAACAAGACCCGCUGCGUCGAGAUCGACAUGAGGGCGCUCAGGCUCGACAAGCUGUAA